AUGGCAGAUUAUUCAAUUGGAGAAAGGAUAUUAGAGGAGCGGUUAUAUGAAAACGAGACUAGUCGUCCUCCCGAACCAGAUCAUGUGAUAAAUCUGAAACAUGGUGUUAUUCGUGAAGCUUACGAAUUAUUUCUUACGCACUUCGGUGCGAAUUCAAUGGACAUCCAGGAACUGAAAGCUGCAGUUGCUCCUGGACGAGUGAAUCUUAUCGGUGAUCACAUUGACUACUGUGAUGGAUUCGUUCUACCCAUGGUAGGUGAGCAUAUUUAUGAUAUGGUUAUGUUAACUUCGAAAUUGGUCAUAGUUUUGACCAUCAGUACUUAUUGUUUUCGCUAAAG